AUGCCUGUUGACGUUCUGUUCGCAUGCAGCGCCGCGGCGCACUUACCGCGGGUCGGUCUGGCGGGGGACGGUGGGAGAGGCGCACGCCUCCCCUCCCCCAUUGGCACCCCUAGAUUUGCUUAUGUGACUCCGCUGCUUCUGCUGCUGCUGCUGACGACGGCGAAGAUGACGAUGAUGGUGUUGUUGUGCAUUUCGUCAUGCUUUGCUCCCUUCCUGCGCUGCCCUCCGUUGUGGCCGCCUGCUCGCUCAGCGCCGCACAGCUCACGCACGCAGACAUCUUAUCGUGCCGCUUCACCAUGCACCUUCUGCUGGCGUUGUUUUGAUUUUUUUUCUUCUUGUGGUUGUUGA